UUCGCACACGCCAUGGAGACUGUGUAGUGGCCUUGAAGAAAAAUCCCAUGAAUUAUAAGACAAGGAGUUGUCUGUGUGUGGGGAUGAGAGCGAGUGAGAGCAGAUUAAUUCUCAUCACCGGCUCUCCCCUGCCUCUUCUUCCUCUCCUCCCCUGAAAAUGAAGCUCUCGAUCUUCUUCUCCUUCCUCCUCGUCUCCUCCUUCCAUCUAUCUUCCUCCCAACGCUACAAUGCCCUGUUCAACUUCGGCGACUCCAUGUCUGACACCGGCAAUGUCGUCCUCGCCGGCCUCCCUUAUGGCAUGACCUACUUCGGCCGCCCCACCGGCCGCUGCUCCGACGGCCGACUCGUCAUCGAUUUCAUCGCUGAGGGCAUCGGGCUGCCGCACCUACAUCCCAACACCGCCAAGGACGCGGACUUCCACCAGGGCGCUAACUUCGCCUUCAUCGCCGCCACGACCCUCCCGUUCGACUUCUUCCACCAGCGUGGCCUCAGCAAGGGCCUCUGGGUGAACGCUUCCAUCCACGAACAGGUGGAUCGGUUCGAGAAGCUGCUGCCCUCCAUCUGCGGCACGCCUCAAGAAUGCAGGGACUUCUUGGGCAAAUCUCUGCUAGUAGUCGGCGAGUUCGGAGGAAACGACUACAGCACCGGGCUCUUCGCCAGCAGGAACGUAUCGGAAGUGAGAACCUUCGUGCCCCCUGUCACCCAAGCCAUUGCGGAGGGACUCGAGAGAUUGAUCGGCCUCGGCGCGGUGGAUAUCAUCGUGCCAGCGCUACUGCCGGUGGGUUGCUUCCCGCUGUACCUGACGCUCUACAACACCUCCGAUCCGGAGGACUACGGCCCCAGGACCGGGUGCAUGAGGCGGCACAACGCCUUGUCCUGGUACCACAACACGCUGCUCCGCCGUCAGCUCGACCGCCUCCGGCCGAAGUACCCGGCGGUGUCGAUCCGGUUCGCCGACUUCUAUGCCCAGGUCUUCGAUUUCGCCAUCAAUCCUCUCAAAUACGGAUUCAAAGAUGGAGCCCUAAGAACCUGUUGUGGGGCUCCCGGGUUGCGCAAUUACAACUUCAAUCUGCACGCCAAGUGCGAUCAGAACGGCUCGAGCGUGUGCCCGGAUCCGACGACUCACGUGAGCUGGGACGGAAUCCAUAUGACAGAAGCCGCUCACCGCAUCAUCGCCCAAGGUUGGCUUCACGGCCCCUACGUCGAUCCACCCAUUGUGAGCUCUAGCAACAAUUAAGACCUUGUCAUGGCAAACUAAUGACCAAAAGAGUUUUACGAGUAGAGUGCAUUGUUGUCAUUAAUUUCCUGCCCCCGUUGUGCUGCGGGGAGAAGAGGUACUGCCUGUGGUUCAUCCCAUGCUCCGAAUUUAUUUCUUGUAGUCGAGCUUUCAUCUGACACUCGGUUCUUCGUUUAUUAGUGGUAUAGAUUAUUUUUGUUCAGAA